AUGGAGAUCGUGAAAAGAACGACAUGCAUCGCGGUGGAGGUUUGUGUACAGUACAAACUACAUGUAAUGCCGGAGCUGGAAAUAAAAGAGAGUCGACUGUGUAAUAAUAUAUUAAAUCCACCUUAACUGGGAAAUCUCCGCUAACAGCCAACUCUCUACAACAGCCACUUUUUUUCGUCCCGGCGGACAAAAAAUCCAUACAUUGACUAUUGUUUGAAAUCUCUCUACAACGCGGGCCACUUUCUUCUGUCCCCAAGGGGGCUUAUUUAUAGGGGUUCUGAACUGUAAUCAACAAAAGGAUUAAUUAAUUAUUGCGCUGAAACUUAUGAGUGCCAAAAAUAUCCCUCCAACUUUAGAUAAAAUAGAUAAAAUAGCCUGCAAGGCAGGCGCGCUCCCUACGCCAUUAAAAAGAAAACAAAAACAACAAAAGGGCUCCUGGCAGGCAUAUUACUCUUGGUAUUGUGGAAGUCUGCGUAGCUACUAGCUAUAUAUAUUGGUUACUGUAGAAACCUCUCCUUACCAAUCGUUUGCAUGCAGGAUAUUGACAGUUCUACAAUAUAUGUAGCCCAGUUGCUAAUUCCAUUCAAAUCAGCCUGUGUGCAGAUGUCUGCUAUUUCCUUUGUUGCAAAAAAGGAGGCAGAGAGUUAUUAUUCAUAGUAUUUUUUGUAAGAAUAAGAAGGCCAUUUCUGUGCACAAAACAUAACUUAUGUUUAAAAUCCUUCAUUUUUUAGGUUCUUGUUUUGGUUGCGGCCACCCACGGAAUAUAUCCUGAUGGGGCCGAUCACUACUGGCCCUUAAAUGAGAUUUGGUAUUCACGUGUCUAUGAUCACGUGGGAUAUCCUGUCCAGGGAAGAUGGCAUGGAACACUCAAAGGUAAUGUAUUUUACCUGCCCCCUCAUUUUCACCGAUGUUCGAGCUAUACCUUCACAAAAAUCUCCAUUUUCCCGCAAAGGAGUUAGGGAGCAUCCAAACUAUUUAAGCAUAAUUAUAAUUGUCUUAGAAAAACAUUAUUUGGAAAAUCAAACAUGCAAACAACAUCAAAAACAAAACGGAACCGCCCCUCCCCCGAAAAAUGAUUAAUAAAAGUGAUUUUAUUUUCAGGAAAGGUUGAAAUGAAGUGGUCCUCUCCUCAGCUUGGGCUCGAUCUGUACGAUAAAGACACAUGGAUUGAUUUAGGCUGGAGAGAAAACUCCUGUUAUGCGGACGUGAAAUACUGCAACCACACUGGAUUCACAAUUUCAUUCUGGGUGGCUUUUUGCGAGGCUAACUCACUCCAACGUUUAUUUGAAUUUGGUAGCGGUGAUUGUGGGCUUAACCUUAUUCUUACAAAUGAAAGUGAAAUUGCAGCCACAAUAAAAAGCAUGGAAUUAAGAAAAAUAUGGACCAUAGUAAGUGGGAAUGCAACCAUUGGUGUCAGGGAAUGGCAUCAUGUGACGCUGACUUGGAACAACACUGGUGACGUUUAUCUCUUCUUAAAUGGUACAAGGUACUGCAGUGUUGAUAUGUAUUGAGGUCUUUGCCGUAUAUGAUACAGAACCGAAUCCAAUGUAAUUUGACGUAAAUUAACGGCGAAAAACAAAAAGUUUUUUGAGCGUUGCAAGUCAAAGUUUUAAUUUAGAAGUGUUGGCUUUGAGGAGAGCUAGGCGAAAACUGGAGUACCAUCCGGAAAAAACCUCUGGGGACAAAAAAGAGACUGAAUCAAUAUUAAAAUCUACGGCGCCUUAACGUCUGUUCUAUUGGUGGACGCCUCUUUUCUCAAAACUGCGCCACUUGCUCCCCUAAUACUACGAUCACUGAUGAUAUUGUCUCUUGAAUUACUGUCUGUAGGUUGGAGAAUAUACAAAAAGAAGAGAUUAAUUUUACUUGUGCUAAUGCAAGUUGCAGUUGCGAUUGGGCAAUGAAAAUAGGCGGCCUUCAAUCAUAUUCUUCCUUGAGGUUUUCUAGAGUGAUCAUCUGGCAUUAUGCUUUAGACAACAAAACAAUUCAAGAUUUAUCAACUAUAAUGCAAGGUAACACAGGCCUAACAGUGCAGUGAUGUCACAAUAUCAUUACUUUUUCUGUACUCCAUUUGUACCCAAUUGCAUUUAUUAAGUAAAUUCAAGUUUGGAAUUAUGUAUACCGUACUCUAUUCUUCCCCACCCCUCCUUUAAAGAUUUAAAAAACAUUGAGGUUAAUGACAUUAGAAAAUGGAAUUUUGAAUCGAAAAUCCGGAUUCCGGAAUCCAAGAAAUUUUUGCUUGUGGAAUCCGGAAUCCUGGGCUUUUGAAUCCGGAAUACAGCUCAAGGAAUCCGGAAUCCCACUAACAAUUGGAAUCCAAAAUCUAAGUUCCACUGACAGGAAUCCAGUACCUGGAAUCCGGAAUCCACGGAGUGGAAUCCAGAAUCCAAGAUUGUCUUGGAUUCUCUUAGUAAGGCGAUUUGAAGCACGAAUGUCAAGCAAGGAUUGUGCUACCGUUUGGCGACAAAAGAAGUCAAACGUUUUAACAAGUACACCAUUACGUCGUAUAUGGCCGUUUUUGGAUCCCCGAUACGUUAUGACUCCACUGUCGUUCUUGAUGGGCAAGAAAAACAACAGUCUCGAAAAGAAGGGUCAGAAACGAACAACAACACAACAAAAUAUUGAUUUCUCUGACCAUGUGCUUUUAUUACAAUGCCACUCGGGCUUAUGGGGAUAAGGGGUUUCCAGAACAUCAUAAUUAGGGCAAAAGACAAACCAAUAGGUUAAGAGUUUUCAAACAAUUUUCUUAAGGACUUAUCUUAAAUCUCCCAUUAUAUGUGUUGGUAAUGGUCCUGCAUAAAGUGUCUCGAACUGUUACCCAAAGACACCUCCGACAAAUCCUUAUUUGAUUCUGAAUCAUGAUUCUGGUAGGCCUGCAUUUGUCAAACAGAGGAUGUGGUGGCUCUUGGAUUGCCAAUCUCCAAUUCUGCUAUCAUAUCAAUGCUAACGGGAAGCAAAAUUGGGCGGAGGCCAAGAGAAUUUGCGACUCAUUGCUCGGAAAUCUGGUCAGCAUCGGAAGCCAAGAAGAAUAUGACUUCCUUGAAGAUGCAAUGAAAAAGAAAAAGGUCUCCUCAUGUCUACACAUCGGAUUACAAAACAACACUGGGAGCUCUGAGCCUUCUUGGGUAGAUGGAAAUGUUUGGAGUUUUUCAAAACUGAACGGAAGUUACGGGGAGGAAAACAACAAUAACUCAUGCGUGCACCGUGGCGUAGAUGGUCUGUGGUAUUUUGGAAAAUGCGACAAGGAAUGCGGUCUAAUCUGUAAAAAAUAUAGAGGUAUGAGAAAUUUCUUAUGCCCGGGAAGAGGAGGGUAAAAAAUUCGAUCAUACCCCUCGGUUUGUGUAGAAUCGCAACUUGUGUCGUCAAGAUUUAAUUUCUAUCAAACAUCCAAGCGGUUCAGAGCCAUCUUAAAUUUUCGAAACAUAUCGUUCAGUUGCAAACCUUGAUUUAAAAUUUAGGUGUUUGCAAAAGGUUCUCUCGUGGCUACUAUAAUUCAGUUUUGUGUACAAGAAUGGCCAUAAUGUGUUGUAUAACCAUCGGAAUGCAUCAUAUAAAAAACCAUCGAAGUAUUGAUCUAAGGUGCUGAAAAUAUUGCAAACCCUUAAGGAGCCACCUUAAUGGUGCCCAUUUCCUUUUUUACUACAGGUAAUGUGUUUCGAAAUGCCGAGUUCCGCUGCCGAGUGCGAAGGCACGAUCACCAACUAGUCCAUCAUCGGGUGUCAAUCAGAUUGGUUCAGAAUGAACUGGCUUGUGCAAUUGACUGUUUAAUUUAUGGUUCGGGCUGUAAGUCAUAUAACUAUAAACACAACUACGACUCAGCAUCAAAUGGCGAGAACUUAUGUGAGCUGAACAGCUCCAGUCAAGGCCAACACCCCGGUAGUCUGAUCCGAAACCGUGGCUUUCAGUAUUGCGAAAGAGUUUCAUUUUAA